AUGCGUUUCCUCUUCGAAGCACCACCACCGUACGAGGAAACUGACGUCGCUACUCCAACAUCGUCUGGCGAGCGACGGCGAAUGGUGUCUAUGAAAUUGCCCGAACUUCUCUUACAUAAGGUCGCCGAUACUCGUCUAAUUGAAGUGCUGCGUUCUAAACAUACUUCUUCCCAGAAAGCUGCUCCACUGAAUCCGAGCACUUCAGAAGCCGAAGGACCCUCAACAAUUUCGACAUCACGGCUAAAGCAUGUCAAUAACUCCAUUUCUUCUACUCCAGCCAUUCCUACAACCCAAAGAUCACUCAGUGGUCCAACUACUCCUACACCGACGCCACACACACAAGGGACCUCUUCGGCGAAGAUGACUUCUAUGGUCACGAAUAUUUCUACAGUGUCUUCUGUGACAACAAAGGAGAGCCAACAACACGAAAAUGCGGGUAGAAACUCUGCCGAGACGGUAGGUGCCUGA